CUUUACAUAGCUGUCUUCUUCAAACUUGAAGGACACUGCCAAAAGUUUUACAUAGUUUUAAAUGAGAUGUGUUGACUUACAUACAUUAUAUGGAUUAACGGUCUACAUAUUGCUGACAUUACCGUUAUAUGGCCCAUAAAACAGUGUCACCAUUAUGGCCACAGACAGCGAAGGAGGUGCUAAUGCACGUGAGAAAACUUUUGAAGUCGUGCUACGCGGAGGAACACCUUGGGGAUUUGAAGUGAGCGGGGGUUUAGCUGAGGGGCAACCCCUUCUUCAAAUAUCAAAUGUUGUUGAAGAUGGUAAAGCAUGGAAUAGUGGAUUAAUUAAUGGAGAUGUUUUAAUUAGAGUUAAUGAUAUUGCCUGUUUAACAUCUAAAGAAGCUGAACAACUUAUCAGUAGUGCUUUUAGAACUCUGACACUUAAAUUAUGGAGGAGCAGUAAUACUCCAGAUCGGAUUUCCUCCAGAACUACAUCAUAUCGUCAACGUGUUGAAGAUGCCCGAAGCCGUGAUAUAAAGGAGCGUUCGGACGUACAGGAUGAUAGCGUUGUCUACAACCAAUCAAAAAGCAGUCAAGCUCAAGGAAUCAGAAUGAGACCAAGAACAAGACGUGGUGAAAGUUUUAAUGUAAAGAAACCAGUACGUAACCGUGGAGACCAAGAAAAGAGAGAAAACAGACCUGAUUACGAGAACCAAACUUAUGGUCAGACAAAUCGACAAGCAUCAGAAAGAGCUCCACCUCACCAUAAUUUUCGGGAAGGUAAACUUGCGCCAGCAAAAUCUUCCCCCAGUCUGACUCAGUCGACCCCUAAUAAUCCUUCAGGAAGUUAUGGGAAUUCAAUCAGCAGUGCUAAAUCCAGUCCGAAUCUGAACAACGAUGUGAAAACUGAGAAAAGUCUCUCCCAAUCAAGUCCGAAACGCUCUGAAUAUUAUAACAAUAAUUAUGAACGCUAUUCAAUAGACAGUCGGUCAUCUGCUUUAAACACGUCAUGGAAUCUAGGUAGUGGGGACUUCAAGCGAACUUAUCUCAAUCAACCGUCUCAGAAAAAUAUGUACGAGACAACAGACUCAUAUGAUAACGAGGGUAAAAAUUCACAAAGUAAAAACACACGCAGAUCUCUGCCACCGUAUAUGUUACAAAAAUACCAAGCAGACUACGAAAAUAUAUCCGAUUAUGGAACGACACCUCUUCGAAGUGAAAAAAUCUCAGAAAUUGACGAUUUAGAUUCUGAUGGUGACGAUACAUGUACUCAGGGAUUGUCGUCACAGACAAAACAAAGUGAUCCCAUUGCAUCUUCCCAAUCGCCUCCCAUUCCCCCAGUGCGCGAUCCUUCAAGUUUACGAUAUGUUAAAGUGAAUCAGAGUCAUGAAAAAUAUCCUUCAUGGCCAGUAACCAAACCAAAUAGUGGUUCCGAACAGUCACAGCCUAUAAAUACACGUGCUCAAUCGUGGACAGAUCAUACAAACACUAAUAAAGAGUUUCCAGGUAAACAGCGUCUGGCGUAUACUCCAGGACUACGACCUUUACCUGAACGAAACAGUCCAAAUUCAGAGAGAAAAGGGGAAGAUGGUAAAAUUCGUGUGGGAAGUGAUCCUGGUCUUAAAUCCGAGUUUGUUUAUGAUAAAUAUGGAAGGGUACGUCAAAGAAACUUUGAUAAUGUGGACCAAAAUCAGAUAAAAAAGUUUUAUGACUCGAAACCUGGCUAUCCACCACCGAAACUUGAUUCUGAUGGACAUAAUUUAGGUGAUGAAAAUUAUAAUGUUCCAUCUCCUCCGGAAAGAGAUGUGCCUAGUUUAGAGGAAAGAGAAAUUAAUGCUAAAAAUUCGCUCAUGGAGAAACCAAUCGUUCGCCCCACCUCCUUUACGAAUCAGAUAGGAGAGCGUAGUCAAAGUAAACUUAACUAUAGUGUACAAAGUUCAACAAGUCCAAUGCACAGUCCUCUUGAAGCUAAAGGGGGACCACCCUCUUCACGAUCUGUGAGUAACUCUAACUUACGAGAAAAAACAAUGGUUGACUCAUGUACGAGUCCGCAACACAGUCCAAAAGAUCCCAAAAGUCCAGCAAAUACUGGAAGUAGUGCUCGUGAAUAUCAACAAGGACCAUCGUCUCAGAUAAAAUCUAGUUCAAAAGCAUACAUUGUGAAACAGACGCCAUAUUAUAAUACAAGUACUCAGACAGAUCGUUCUCCAACUUCUUAUAACAUGCAAGUGACAAUUCCAAAAUCAGUGAAUUCUGCCAAAACGGCUGCUGUGAAUGAUUUUGGAUCACAGACUUCACCAACAACAAGUGAUGCAAUCGCGUUCGGUGACAAAGUGAUACAGAGACAGGACAAACAAAGCUACAGCCCCAAUGAUAGAAGAUCAAAUUAUGCUGAUAUAAAUUCUGUAGCAUCCAGAAGUGACUCUGAAAAACCAAAAGACAAUGGUUCGCGUAAUUACGCUGAUUAUUCUCCAAUACGUUCUAAUUAUGCCGAUAUUGGAGACUUUAAAAGUAUACAUGAAAAGUAUGCAUCUGACGAGGGUCCAAGUGAACCAAAAGCCCAAGAUCACAUUCCACAUUAUUCGGAAUAUACUGCCAAUCAAGCGCCAAUAUUACGUAAAUUAUCGGAAGAGUUUUACAAAGGAAGAAUGGCAAGCAGCUAUGACAAACGACAUCAUACCCCCCAGGAGUCUUCGAAUCGUGUGGACCCAGUUCAACCUGGGAUGAAAGAAGCUGAAUCCUACAGUAGUGUUGUUAUCCAUUCCUCAGAAAGUGCUGGUCCGUUUGGUAGAGAUGAUUUUGGGUCUCAUUCCAGUCUUUCGGACUCCCGUCAUGAUUUAUCAUCUGUUAUAUCAGAGUCGGCCAGCAACAGGAGUAGCAUUGCCAAAGGUCGUAGAAGUCUGGAUCCUAGUAUGUUAUCUCAACGAUCACGACCAUUACACGAACUGCGGUAUAGCUCUUCAUCAUCUGUCAAUCAUUCAAGAGUAAACAGCUCUCCUAAUACCGAUAAUAAGUCUUCUGGUCCUCGCAGACCACACCGCAGUUCUGAUUCUUCUACUCCAUCCCAACCAAAAAGUUCCCCUGACAGUCGUUCAUCUGGUAGCACGCAUUACAGCAGUAGCGAUACUUCUCGACUUUCUGGAACUGGCGGCCAUGAUAUUCGAUUAGAAUCAAAUGAUUCUGUGUUUAAUGAAUCUAAAUCUCCUUCUGCUACGAACCAAGGAGUGAACAAAGAGGACACCAAGGAUAAGAACGUGGAUGUAAACCUAGGACGCAAACCAUCCAUGAAGAAAGCGUAUGGUAUUUAUGAUGAGACGGAGAGGGUCCUGCGUGGUGCGGCUGCAACUCUUAAAGCUGUUAAUGAAGCACAGAGCUUACGCAAAGCUGGGGAAAAUUAUGUUCCAAUGAGUCGAUUAAGUCGAGGUUCAGCUGAUUCAAAAACUUUGGACCAAAUUCAAGAGGAAAAUGAUGUAUUCCAGGAUAAUGAAGUACAAAGAUCGCGAUCUUCGAGUGGACGUGAAGAUCAAAGAGCAGAAACUUCAGCUGGAACAAAGAGGGAAUUAUUCAGUAAUGAUCACACCUCACAGAGACCUGUUGCUGCUAUGAGACGGUCAGUAUCUGAACAUAUUUCUGUUACAAGCAUUAACCAAAGUCCUGCUAUUUCCAGUCCAGAUCUUUUACAAGCACAGACAGAUUCAGCUUAUACUCGUUUUAAAACAGGCGACAUGAUGAAAAGGAAUUCUGAAUCCGAUCUGAAAAAGAUCCAGCAACAGGCUGUGCUCAACUUCAUGGAGAUUAAAACUGGAAAAAGGAAUAGUUCUUCAGGAAGUCAAGAAGGUAGCCAAGGUAACCGGGGUUCGAGUGGUGAUAUAAAACAACUACCCAUGUCUCCAACGCAGUCUGUACAAGAUCUGAUUUCAAAAACAUCAGAAAAUUUAGCCAAUCGAACGCAAAGAGCGGACAGCUUCCGAAGAUCUGGCUCAUCAUCAUCCUCGCGUAAUUCUCAGGAUUACAUGGAUAUGAAUAAACCCAGACGUGAAACUGAGUGGAGUAGACUACGUUCUCAAGCUUCAAGUUACGGGAAUGAUGCAGAAGGGAAAUCUAAUCGUUCAUCUAUGUGUUCAGAAAACACAUAUGAGGAUAUAAGUGUUUUUUCGCCAUCUCACACUACCCGACAUGAACGACAUAAAGAUGAAAUUGAGAAGAACAUGCCUGAUUUAGUUCAAGACCAGACAAUUCCGAUCUCCAGUGGUAUGGAGACCAAUCUAGUAUCCUCACCCACCUACCAAAACUUAUUUACUGCCAGAAGACGUCCACCUCCACCACCUCCGUUACUAAGUCCUGAUGAAAAGCCGCCAGCUCUUCCUCCUCGUAACUAUCGCAAACAACCCAGACUCAACGUCAACAACAUGCAGGGCACCAAAAAACCUGCAGCAGAAGAUCAAAAUCUACAAGAUGAAAAUGUUGCCAUUGACAACAGCAAGAUUGAUUUUAAAUCGUUGAUGACACAGUGGGAGAGUUCACCAAGAGAAGAUAGCUAUGCAGCUGAUUUACGCAAACAAGCACGACGUUUCUCAGAACAGCAGCAGCCAUUAAAUUCAACAACCAUGGCUAUCAUGCACUCAAAAACAAAAAUCAACUUUUCGCAGUCGUAUAAACGUGAACCAGCUUUAGCUCAUCAAGCUACUCCACCUCAUUCUUCUGACCAAUCUUUCGAAGAUCAGAACAGAGUUGUUUCCCCUAUUUGUGAACAACCAACUGUAAUGGAGGAAGGCAAUAAAGAAAAUAAAGCUCCCUCAACACCCGUUAAACAAGCUUUCGAAGAUGAAGAAAUGAAGACACCUCCACGUGUGGAAAGAAGCAUAUCCGAUUUACCACUGCCAUCGCCACCUGUAAAUUAUGGGGAAUCUCUAGAGGGGAAUAACUCUUACCUUCCUCCCCCACCACAAAAUGUUCUUGUGAUAGAAAAUGCUGAUGAAGCUGACACGUUUGCAGACGAUUCCUAUGGUGCUUAUAAAAACAAGAAAAGUCGAGCCCCUGGAAAUUACCAGAGAUCUGUUUCGGGUUCGGCUGUUGUCCGUAUUGAAAAUCAAGAAUAUCCAGAGGAUGGCCUUGGUUACACGGAGAAGAAAAAGCUGGGACAGAAUUCCUGGAAUAGUGAGUCAUCGCUCAACGGCGCCGUAUCUCAACCGAAGCGUCCCCGUGAUUUUCCCAAUGACCCUCCACGAAAUGUGCCGUCAUUUAAGGUUGAGAGUUCUGUCCGUGAUGUUAUUAAAGGUACAGUUCAGCCAUUGGUGGCACCCGUACAUCGAUUUCCUGGUGCUCUACCGAAUACGAUAUCUACAAAAUCUAGCAAUUACAGUGCUCAAAACACACAUUCUGUGCCAAACUCUAAUACAAGUGCUCAGAGGUUUGAUUCUCUUCCUCAAAAUCCAGAUAAUUCAAAGAGUGGACACGAUAAAGAAGCUGUGAGAAACCGUGUCUAUAACUACGAGAGUCCAACAAAAUCUCAGACUGAUGCUAAUCGUUCCGUAACUGCUUGGCUGACUAAAAACGAAAGCAUUGCCAACUCUCCUGUGAACCUUGGACUACAGCCUCGAAACAUUCACGAGAAUCUCAAUAUUCAGCGCAGUAAGACUUUUAAUCAGCCGCCAAGUCCCGUGAGAAAUAUCCCAAGUCAAGAGGAAAUUAAAAAACGGAGUACGUUUAACUCUCCUACACCGUACGGAGCUCGACCUUAUCAAACGAGUUAUUCCCCUCUUCAUACGGAUAAACUCCCACAAAAACCCACUCAAAGUAUAACACAUAAUCGACCAGAUGAUGGGAACAAAAUCUCUAUGGAAGCGGAAAAUAUUCAACAAGCUAGAGACAACAGAGGGUCUUCUCAAAACAUUGGUAGUACAAAAGUCAGUGAAAAUGUUACAAACAAUAAUAUUAGUAACUAUAGUGAUCGUGUGACCCAAUACAAGGGUGAAGUGUCGAGGAAUUCAGCCACGGAAACCUCACUAAGGUUAACUUCUAGCAUUCCCUCUUCGAGAAGCAGUGGGGAAAUUUCUAGAGAUGGCAGUGGUGAUAAUUUCAGUGUUAAGAGUUCCGUUAAAAGUGAUAUUUCGUCUCAGAACAAAACAAAGGGGGUUAAUACCAGUGAUAUAAACAAAAGUCAACAAGAUGGGAACAGGAGCAUUAACUCUCCGACCCAAUCGAACAGUCAAUCUUUCGUUGUUUCGUCCAAUAGUGCUAUGCGUUCAUCUCCCCAUUCAAACACAAGUCUUUCCUCACCAACCAACAACAAUUCCCCGAAAACUGUGCAAUCAAAUGACUCUUCUUUGAAGAAAACAACUAGUGGUUCUGUGCUUCCUCCAGGGACUAUCUGUCAUGGCCGACAGCGGUCACAGGAAGAACUAGAUUGUGAUAAACAGGCAAAAGAACUUGCUAAAGAGUUAGAAGAGCAAGAUAAAAAGUUAUCCGAUGUCCUGAUUCAGGAUUCGAAUACAAAACGCAUGCAAUAUAUGGAUGGGCUGUUUAUUGAAAAUGUUCAGCCACGAAAAUUAUCAUCUGAUGAGAAUGUACCUAAAAGUACCAAAGAUGAAAGUAGCCCAAACAAAAACCAGACCAAUCUUGAUAAUUCUUCUUCUUUACCAGCUUUGUAUUUCAUAUCUCCACCAAAAGCUGUAAUGGAAAUGCAGAUUCGUAAUGAUGAGGAAAUGACAAAAGACAUGACCAAAGAUAUUAUAAACAGUAGUAGUGGAUUGGUUAAACAAAAGGAAGAACUAAUGGAGAAGUUAUUUAAGAAACUGGAUAUUUUACGGAAAGAAAAAGAGAUGUUAUUACAAGAAAUAACUGAGAAUGAUCAGUUAGGAGAAAAGGUUGUUGAAAUCGUGACUGAACGAUGCCCACAUCAAUCGGAACAAGAAAAGUUUAAGUAUUUUAUUGAAGACCUAGAGAAGAUAGUUCGUUUAUUGCUAAAUUUAUCUGGCCAAUUAGCAAGGGCUGAAAAUGCUGUUCAAAGUCUGGCAUCAUCUACUAAUCCUAAAGUAAAGAAAUUAACGAUAGAUAAGUGUGAAAGACUUCACAACAAACAUGAAGAAGCCAAAUUAUUGAAAGAAGAUAUUGACAAACGUUGUGUUCUUGUGUCUGCCAUGUUAGAAGCUAGAUUAUCCAUUGAGGAAAUGGAAGACUAUAAUUAUUAUAUUAAGAUGAAAUCCAAAUUAACCAUUGAUUGUCAGGAACUUGAGGAUAGAAUUAAACUCGGAGAGGAACAGAUACAAGAACUGAAAAAAAGCAUCCCUGAAUCUAAGUCGUAGAAUGAAUUCAUAUUAUCUCAAAAUAUCAUAAAAAUUAUUAAGAAAAGAAUAUUUACAUUUGCUGUUCAAAUAAAUAUAAAUAUGUAUAUCCUUCUUUGUACACACGCAGAUAUUCAUUAACUGGGGGUUUUGAAGUGCUUUUACAAUUAAUUGGCUGAUUUCCAACUAAAAGCACGCUGAGAUGUUAAAAAUGCUUAAGAAAAAAAAUGUGUAAAAUUAGUCCUUAAAGUAAAAAUUGUCAAUUGCAUGAAAUUAAUGCUAUUGGUUUGAGGUUGACUAAAAUGCUGCAAGAAAUUAUUGCAAUCUUUCUUAUGUGUUAUUACAACUAAAUGUGAUAUGAAAUUAAUGCUCUCAGAGAUCAAUAGCAAUUUUAGCAUUAAUAAAAACAAGCAUUAAUUACUUGCUUUAUAGGACAUAUUUACAAAGUGGAUCAAAUGUUGGUAUUUGUAUCCUGUAUAAAAUUGUUAUAAAUAAUGGUGCUUUAAACCUUAGACUACUCAACUAUGGUAGCAAGUCAGUCUCGUGAAUGUUCUUGUUGUUAUUAAUGGUUGGAUUAUCGUGAAAAUGAGAUGUUUAAUAGUUAUUUAUAUUAUGUAAUAUGUAUUGACCCCCAAUCCAUUCAUUAAUAUUUGACGACAGAUCAUUUUGAUGUGGACCUAGAUAUAUAUGUAUACUAAAUAUCAUGUGAACCAUAAUUUCGUUAUAUAUAGAAUGCAAGUUUGUCUAAUUUAGAAGAUGCAGAACUUAUUUCGUAAGAAUAUUAAUUUUGAAUAUAGAAAGUGUAUUUGAGUAAUUUUCAUAUUUUCGAAAACAUUGUGCUAUUUACAUAUUUCGAUGUACAUUAAUUUCGUUGGUCUCAAUCCACAGAUCAAGAAUUAUAGACUUACAUUAAUUUAUUAAUAAUAAUAUAUCUGGAUAAUAACAUUUAAUACAGUUAUAACGGAAAAAAAACAAGUCAACAAAGUUUGAAUUAAUCUAGAAACAAAAUUAGAAUUAUAAAGUUGGUUGUUGUCGAUGUUCAAAUUAUAUAUUAAUUGUAUAUGAUAUAUAUUUUAUAGUAAUCUGUUCAUAUUAAAAACCUGGUUUGUUCAUCAUUGUAUAUUUAAUAUAUCAACUGUAUAUACUUAUGUAAAUAAUUAACUCCAUUCUUGUUAUAUAAAUAAACAAGUAAAACCUUUAUGUGAUUUUCAAGAUUGAUCGCAAUCCAAACACACGAAACAUCUCGCAUGUUGAGAAUUGUAAAGCUUUGUAUAAGACUGGUCACAAACUGGAUAUUUUCAUGUAGGAAGUCAUCUUCGAUAGCAUCUCUUAAUAAUCAAUUUGAGGAUCAAAUCAUGUGAUCAAGCUCAGUUUUUAUUAAAAGUAGCUAUUGAGGAUGCUGUUUCAUGAGAAAACUGAUGUGUGACCAGUCUAACUUACUAAAUCUGCUGAGAAUCUUUUUUUUUCUUAUUCUAUGAUAGAUAACCAUUUUUGCCAAAUAAUAAAUUUCUAUUUUUGAGAUGACUAUUGCUGAGAAAAAUAUAUAAUGCAAUGCUAUUUACACUACUAGCUAAAAACGGUUGUGAAAGUUCAAACAGAGGGUAAAUAAAUUAAAAAUGGUAAAAAAUGUGUUCUGUCAAUGAUAAUUAAUAGUUGAGAUGUAAAAAUUAAUGUUGAUUGUAAUUUAAUCUAAUUUAUUGUCUCAUAUUAAGAAAAAUUAACUGUUUUUUUUCCCUGUUUCUGAACGACUUACAGUCCUGCUGGUUUGAUUACUGUAUUUAUAAUCCAGUUGAAGUUUGAUCUAUUAUUUAAAUGUAUACAUUAUAUUAUUGUACAUACUCCAUUAUUCAUGUUUUACAUGUAUUUGUUUUUCUUUCUCUCUAUCUAUUCAUCUGUUUUAUCUUCUGUAUUCCAUCCAUCCUAGUUCAUCAAUAAACUCAUAUUUGAUAAUUA